CCUCAGUCUCAGUCCGGAAGCCAGGGAGAAGCCAUCGCCCGAAAGUCUAAAUAAUUCUAAAUAAUUCUGAUAACGGAGGGGGCCUUGGCCACGAGAGGAUUUUGCGCUAGACGUUCCUCCAAAAUCAGACAAAGGAAUUCAGAAUAAAGAAUCUACAACACAAGAAGUGUCGAGGAUGCGUGAAUACAAGAUUGUGGUGUUGGGGUCAGGAGGUGUUGGAAAAUCUGCACUUACAGUUCAGUUUGUGCAGGGCAUCUUUGUCGAGAAAUAUGAUCCCACGAUAGAAGAUUCUUAUCGUAAGCAAGUGGAAGUGGAUGGGCAGCAGUGUAUGCUUGAAAUCCUUGAUACUGCUGGAACUGAACAAUUCACAGCAAUGCGUGAUCUCUAUAUGAAGAAUGGACAGGGCUUUGUUUUGGUGUACAGUAUCACCGCACAAAGUACGUUCAAUGAUUUACAAGAUCUACGUGAACAGAUUCUCAGAGUCAAGGACACAGAUGACGUCCCAAUGAUCCUAGUGGGUAACAAGUGUGACUUGGAGGAUGAGCGUGUCGUUGGGAAAGACCAGGGACUCAACCUGGCCAAGUCAUUCUCUUGCGCCUUCCUAGAAUCAUCUGCAAAAGCUAAGAUCAAUGUCAAUGAGAUCUUCUAUGACUUAGUCCGGCAGAUUAACCGCAAAUCCCCCAAAAGUUAA